GGCUAGACACCCUCCUCGCCGGGCGAGACAAAUUUUGGAGGAGGGCAGGGGUCGGUUGAGAGGAUAGUCGGUGUCCCACGCCCGAAGCCUUCAGCACGACGUUUGUGACAGCAAGAGACAAGGUGACAUGUGAGAUUUGACUGUGCCCUGCACUGAAGAGCUUACUGGUAGAAUUCAUCCCUAAAGAGACCUGAACUGGGUUUCAGGAUGGUGAAAGAAGAGCCCCCGAGUACUUCAAAGGACUUGCAGGAGCUGCAGAGGAGGGUGUCUUUGCUGAUAGCGUCUGUCCAGAGUAACUCAAAGGUGGUUGCCUUUAUGAAGUCUCCAGUGGGCGAGUACCUGGACAGGCAUCCUUUUCUGACCCUCACCUUGCUGGUGUUUGCUGCUGUGUCGGCCGUUCCUGUUGGCUGCUUCCUGCUCCUCGUGGUGCUUGCCUCCCUGGCUGCAUUUGUGGGAGUCAUAUUACUAGAAGGACUGGUCAUCUCUGUGGGCAGCCUCUCACUGCUUUGUGUCCUCUGUGGCUUGGGCUUCGUGUCACUCAUCAUGUCAGGGACAAUCAUAGUGUCCUACAUGGUAGUCUCCAGCCUCGUCAACUACUGGUUUUCUCCCAGACUUUGGACACAACACAACUCCAGUGGCGACUGUUAGCUGGCCGUGAAGUCUACACACUUAAAGGGGCUCUACCAGGAAUGACCAGCUGAAUGGAACCAAAGCUUUUUUUCAAGCACCUCUGGGAAGCUGUUGGAUCAUCCUUGCCCCUUGGGAUUAUGACUCAGAAGGGACUGGGUAGUCAAUCUCUUCCUGGAGGUGUCCUCUAGCUUUUCCACUUAUUUGUAGGGUCCUGCAGUGGACAGUUUUGGGGAUCUUGUUGCUCUUGGUCAGUUCCAUCAGCUGACCAGCCCUCACAUGGAGAAUCAGCAGAGAAUCUCGAUGGCGUGGCAGCUCCUCGCGCCUCUCACCUCCUCCUCCCCAGAGAUGCACACCUGACCUUGGCAGGGUUCUGAGCCUCUACAGGCCAGUGACUUGACCCCAAAGGCUCAGAUCUUAUAUCCGAGGCCCCAAUUUGGGACAGCCACAGGUUGUUUUUCCUUUUUCUUUCUUCCUUUUUUUUAAAAAUGAGAGCUGCUUAUUUCUUCACUCAUUUGAAAAAAGAGGUGGGGGGAAGAAUCCAAAACAGAACAAGCUCUUCUGCCUUAUUAGCCUUUUAUCAGAAAGACAAACAACUUUUGGGAAUAAUAGCCUCUCAGACAAAGUUAGAUAAUAGAGUCCAAACUUAACCUUAUGGCCAAGAGCAUUUUUUUCUAAGUCUAAAGGUAUGGUUUCCACUGUUGAGUAUUGUUAAGUGAUGUUACUCUUUAAAAUAUUUGCACUUGAUACUUUUUUAUUGUUUUAAGGACUUGUCUUGUUAAGCAAUUUCUUCAAAAACUCCCAUGAAAAUGAUAA